AUGUGCGAGGCCGUCCUACUUUACCCAAGACCACUUGCUCGUUAUCCAGGACGCCUCCUGCUUCUCCCUCUUUUACCUCAUCGACCUUCUCUAAAGCCUCUUCCUUCAGAAAUAUGGUCCCGCAUUUUUGUGCAGGCCCUCUUCGAAGACGAUCAAAAUACCCAAUCACACAACGCGCACAAUAAUAUACGGCGUUCGUGUUUAUCAUUGAUGCUAGUCUGCAAGGGUUUCAAGGAAGUUGCAAUGCCACUGUUAUAUUCUAACGUGUGCUUGCACUCUGUGAACUCCUUGCAAAAGUUUACUGCACACCUUCACUCUGCAGACCGGAUGUGGGAUUCUAUUCGCAGAAUUCCUUACUCUACCCCCGGGCGUUGGGUGCAAGUGCUUGAUCUUUCGGCACUUCUCGCAGAGCUGGAUUCCUCGGCAUACUAUGCAGUUAACGCACUGUUGACGCAGCUUUUCCCACUGCUGCCGUUCCUUGCGAAGUUGACUUUGUACUCUGGAUUUCUGCUGAGCUGUCGCGCACUUGCGUCUCUCACACACAGAGAUGGAAGCUCCAAUAUUCGUGCGCUGGGCGGAAUUUAUUAUGAUCCCUUCAUAUAUUCCGCAGUGGCAACUGGUGAAGACCAUUUCGUUCAGUUGCUGCGGGUAUGUGUGAAUCUGGAGCUACUUGAGGUCACUGGAAUUGGUUUGGAUGACACUGAUCUCGAGUCACAUUUCGAUGACGCCGAAAGUCUCAAAACACCAGAUAUAACUGUCCCGCUCUAUUUACCGCACCUGCGAAGCCUCACUUUAUUAUCCAUGCCUUCCUCUUUGUUGAUGUAUGUUCUUUUGCACUCCCCCCUACCACGUUUACGGACACUGUCACUUACUCCGUACGAUGACAUUCCCUUUCCGGCAUCGCUCUCGUCGGUCUUUCUUGAGACGCACGGGCAGCCUCUUCGUAACAUCUUUCUCUUCACUCCAAUGUCUUGGCCUACACGCUAUCAUUCAUCACCCAGUACUAUACUCAACACAUCCCCACAUCUCAGGCACCUCUCUCUGGAAUAUCCGCUACCAGCACUUACACUUACAUUUCAAAGGCCAUUGACUGGUGUAUCAUCACCUUGUAUCAUUCCCCUCCAGAUCUUGUCAAUUCCCCGACCAAGCAGUGACUUCUGGGUCACGUUGGAGAGGCUCCUCCCCUUUCUUCCUUCCCUACAAACUAUACGUAUGCGCGACGUGCAGUGGCUAAGGCAUGGAAUGACUUCCCGUGCUCAGGAGGCUGGAAUACAGGGUGAGAUGAUGGAAUGGGACCGUCGCUUGACUCGUAGAGGCAUUCGACUGUUGGACCGAAACUGGAAGGAGUCACAAGUGCGUGAAUGUGGAAUACUCAAACUCUCUGAGCUAGCUGUCUUUUGA